UCAAAUGUAAGUGAAAGUAUAAAUAUCACAUAAAUACCCGGUAUAAAAAGUUAUAUUGUGUAGCAAACAAAGUGAUGUCAAACUCAAAAGAUUUUACGGGAAAAGUAGUGCUCAUAACGGGUUCCAGUGGUGGCAUCGGUGCGGUCACUGCCAUACAGUUUGCCAAAUAUGGGGCGCAGGUUGUUAUUAGCGGCCGAAACGGACAGAAGCUAUCAUCAGUGAGUCAACAGUGCGCUCAGGUAUCACCGAAUAGAUUGGAGGCGCUGGAAGUGUUGGGCGAUGUCAGCCACGAGAGUGACUGCCGACGUCUGGUCGACAUAACUGUGCAAACGUUUGGGAAACUGGAUAUUCUGGUGAAUAACGCGGGGAUUGGAGCCACGAGUGGCAUCCGGGACCCAAAUAUUCUGGACACUUACGACCGUCUGAUGGCUACUAAUCUGCGUUCAGUGGUCUGUCUGACACACCUCUGUGUCGCACAUCUCGAGAAAACCAAAGGAAAUAUUGUCAACAUAUCGAGUAUGGCUGCUCUCACACCGAGACCAUCGAUGUCCAUAUACUCGAUGUCAAAGUCAGCGCUCGAUAUGUUCAGCAAGUGUUUGGCGCUAGAGUUGGGCCCCAAAGGGAUUCGUGUGAAUGUUGUCAAUCCGUCGGGAGUGAGAACUGAUUUCUCUCAGGCCAUGGGUGUGGACAAGGAUUCAGUGAACAGCCUGUUGGAGGUAACGGGUAGUAGUUAUCCAUUGGGCAGAAUAGGAGAGCCCAUAGACAUCGCGAAUGCCGUUCUGUUUCUGGCGUCAGACGAGUGUUCAUUUGUGACGGCAAUCAACUUUGUGGCCGAUGGGGGCGCCCUUUGGGGAGCACCCCCUCCUAAACUCAGAUAAAUUAAAUCAUAUUCAACAGACCAAAAAGUCAACUUUUUAUCAAUGA